CUUGCGGUGUUUUGUUGGUUAUGUUAACACAUAUUAUACUUUUUUGAAUUCAUAAUGGAUGAUAAGAAUAUUUUCAACGUUUGUAAACAAGCAGGAUGCUGCGACUCGUGUAGUUUGAGAUACUUGGGAUUGAAAAGCUCUACAGUCUACGAAGAUGUGAAGAAAUCUGCUCAAAGGUAUAAAGAAGAAAAGACAGCAGUUUUAGAAAAUGAACAGCCUCCUGAUGAUGCUAAUAAAGUGACAACAGCAGACUCCGACAGUGCACCGCCAGCUAAGAAGAUAAAACUAAGUGUUUGUGUGAUAUGCCUUGGUAUAUUACAGGAAGAAACAUGGGACGACAGCUUUAGUAUGGUCAAAGAAGUCCUGGAGAGGAAAAAAUAUACAAGUAAUACAUUUGCAUGUGCAUUGUCGUCACCAAUUGCAACUAUACUUCGUGAAAGAGCUAUGGCGUUGCGUCUCGAAAAUGAAAUACCUAAUUAUGAUAGCAAUAUUGUGACACCUUUAAAAGAAGCAUGGAAAUGGUCUUUCGGUACAAAAUUAGCACCCGUCAUUGAGAAGAAAUUGGACUCUGGUGCAAUAUCGCCAUUGUUGAUAACAUUCAAUUAUGACUAUUUAGAUGAUUUACAGGAAUUAGAAAUACUUAAAAAAAUAGCUGCGCCAUUGUUCGAGUCACGCCGUCAGCAACACAGGCGCUUUGCUACAGAGUUCACUAGACGUGUAGUGGAGCAAGCGCUAGAGAACGUUACUGUUGAAGCGCUUAAAGCGGCCAGCGAGAGCUGUUGUAUGGCGUCUGUUGAUACUGCUGUUAAAUGUGUCAGUGUUGUUUGUACUCACUCACCUUUGUAUCUUGGAGGAAGAUAUAUAAAGCUAAGUCGAGAUUUGCCGCAGACUCCAUGGAUAUUGUCAGGACGGAGAGUGAUGCCUUCGUCUGUUCAGGAGAUUAUCUUCCAGCCUAUUGCUGAUUUAUAUGGUAUGUCAGAGGCGGAAGCGGAGAGACGACUGAAGUUGAUAGCAGCUGGUCGCGAGGACGUCGACGUGCGUUGUCUCGGACAAGGUCGACCUUUUGCUAUUGAGAUCACAGACCCCCAAAGGCAGUUAACGACAGAGGAACUAGAGAAGGCCUGCAAAUUGAUAGCCAGCGGCGGUGACGUCAUAGUCAAAAAAUUAGUGCCUAUUGUUAAAGAUGAUCUGAUACUGUUAAAGAAAGGUGAAGAAACUAAAACGAAAACUUACGAAGCCAUUUGUAUUAAACUCACGCAUUCGGAAUUUGAUCAGAUAGAUCCAGUUACACCUGUGACAGUGACAGAUGUAGAUAUAGAACGUAUCAAUACAUAUCGUAACACGGCUGAAGGUGAUGAAGCCAGGAUAGAGAUAUCCCAGGCAACGCCAAUUCGCGUACUGCACAGGAGACCUCUGCUCACUAGGACACGACACAUCAUUGAAGUCCACGCUAGUAAAGUACCGGGUUACCCGCAGCUGUUGUUGUUGCGCGUGCGCACGUCAGCGGGUACGUACGUAAAGGAGUGGGUGCACGGCGAGUUGGGGCGAACGCGACCCGCGCUCGCGCACGUGCUCGGCGCGCGCGCUGACUUGCUCGCGCUCGAUGUCACCGCAGUCCACCUCGCAUGGCCGCCCGAACAUGAAUAA